GCACUGUACCUUGUCGCCUCAUCUUCACGAGCUCGUUUAGUAACAACCAUCUCUGCCCGGGGAGGUCGGGAAGAAUACGAAAGACGACCAGGAUGGCGUACUCUGCACCCCCCGAGACCGUCACAUUUGAUGGUCUCCUUUUUGAUAUGGAUGGAACAAUAAUUGAUUCCACGCCUGCUGUUGUGAAGCAUUGGCAUACCAUCGGUAAUGAGAUUGGGGUCGACCCCGAAGUCAUCUUACAGACCUCGCACGGUCGAAGAUCUAUAGAUAUUUUGAAGCUGCUUGCUCCUGAGAAGGCCACUGUGGAAUAUGUAAGACAGAUGGAAGCCCUGAUGCCGCAGAAAUACGGCAACGAGGCUGUGGAGAUACCUGGUGCAAGAGCAUUGCUCCAGCAACUGAUCGCCGUCAAUGCCCCAUGGGCUAUUGUCACCUCGGGAAGUGAACCACUCGUCCAUGGGUGGCUUGAGGUAUUGAAGCUCCCGCAUCCGGCCCACCUAGUCACAGCUGAGUCUGUAGAGAACGGCAAGCCGGAUCCAACCUGCUAUAAGCUAGGGUGGUCGCGGCUUGGGCUCGCGGCUGAUGCCAACGUCCUCGUACUCGAAGAUAGCCCUGCUGGUAUCAAAGCGGGCAAAGCGGCUGGUUGCAAGGUGAUCGGGCUCGUGACAAGCCACACCAUGGAGCAAGUCAUCGCUGCCGAACCAGACUGGAUCGUUGAAGACUUGCGCUCAGUCAAGAUGGUGGCAUAUGGUGAAGACGGCCGGGUGACGCUAGAGUUCUCUAACGCCUUGAUCUCCAAGGUCCAAUGAGGACACACCUGAUAUGACCAGGCUGGGGUGCCAACCAUAAUGACAAUAGAGUCGAUAGUUUGUCUAUCUUCUCGUGGCGGCUGAUACUCGCUAUUGAGAGCGCAACCCUAGAACGUGAUGCCGGCAGUCCCUCAUGGGGGCCAGAAGAAGCGAGAAGUGCCGACUCAGGGGUAUUCUUUGACAGCGUGCCUGGCAUCUUCGUCUAAGAUGCAUGCUGUUGCCUCGGCCCCCAGCCUAUACAUCUGACCGUGCAUCAAUACGCGAUAAUAACAGCGCCUAUAUUCUCGAAUGGUGCCAGGACGGAAGUACGGCAUCUAGAGUAGAUUGACCAAAGAUAGAUACAUGCCCACCGCACGCUGUUGUGGAUAAUGCUUCUCGAUCGGGGCCGCCAGAAUCGGAUUGAUUGUUAUCCCAAGAGAUUAAUCUCGUCUAGUAAUAGUGAGGCGGGCAAACGGGAAUUGACAUAGGCCAGUUGCCUAUCGGAAUCUAGCCAGACCAUACCUGUGGGGAAUUCCGCGAUCUAGACCCGACUCGCGAUGCCAAGCUGGCGGGAAUGGUGGUUUAGCAGAAGUCGAAAUCGCGGAACGGGGUCUCAAAAUUGUCACGAGCCAUG